AUGUAUCCAUACUUCACCUUCGAGUCCCCUUCCGUGCUGAUGCAUUCGGUUCGUAGGUCAUGCUGGGUCAUCAUUAAGAACAAGGUCUAUGAUGUUACAGAAUUUCUACCCGAGCACCCUGGAGGUUCCAAGAUCAUCUUGAAAUACGCUGGACGUGAUGCGACCUCGGCGUACGAACCUAUACAUCCACCAGACGCCCUGGACAAGAACCUGCCCAAGGAGAAGCACCUUGGAGACCUCGACACCGCCUCGGCGCAGCAGGUCGCCCAGGCAAGCGAAAACAAGCCGAAGACCAAGGAUGAGUUGAGGAUAGAGCAGGCUCAAAGGGAGAAACCACCCCUCAGCAGGGUUCUGAGUCUCUUGGAAAUGGAGGACGUAGCACGGAAAGUACUAUCUUACAAGGCUCUAAUGUACUACUCCUCCGCUGCCGACGAUGAAAUCACUUAUGUCGAGAACAUGAGGGGAUUCCAGCGAUUAUUCUUCCACGCGCGGGUCAUGCGACCUGUUCAAACAGUUGACCCAUCUACCACAAUCCUUGGGUUCAAAUCUUCAAUACCGGUAUUUGUCAGCGGUGCUGCUCUCGCUAAACUUGGUCACCCUCUUGGGGAAGCAAAUAUUACUCGGGGCGCAGGAAAGACGAACAUCAUUCAGAUGGUCUCGUCCAAUGCAUCCCUCUCCUAUGAGCAAAUUGCUCAGGCCCGUAUUCAUCCAGACCAAGUCCUCUUCUUCCAGCUGUACAAGAACAAGGACGACACCCUCGCGGAAGAGCGCGUGAAAGAGGCAGAAAGGCUCGGCUAUAAAGCCAUCUUCCUUACGGUGGAUGCCAUAACUCCAGGAAACCGGGAAAGGGAUAUUCGAGCGCCGUACAUUCUGGAGGCUCAGGAAGCGGAGGCGGAGACGAAGGGCGGUGUUGAGAAGCCCAGGACGACUGCUCAGGUACAAGAGGAGGAGGAGGAGGACGGCAACAUUAACAUCAUGGGAACUGCUGGGGCCCUAAUUGCGAGCGUGGACCAGAAUAUGAGUUGGGAGAAGGACGCUGUACUUGCUGCGGAGGCCGGUGUUGACGGUAUUCUCAUUUCGAAUCAUGGCGGUAUUUCGCUACCAUCGAUAGACGUGCUCUACCGGUUAAGGAAGCAACGGCCGGACGUAUUCGGGAAAUGCGAAGUGUAUGUCGAUGGCGGUGCUAGACGAGGGACAGACGUACUUAAGGCCCUGUGCUUGGGUGCGAAAGCGGUCGGAAUGGGUCGACCAUUCUUGUAUGCUCAAAGCGCGUAUGGGGAAGCCGGGGUGGUGAAGGCAGUUCGCAUCUUAGAGCGCGAAAUCGUCACCGCUAUGAAACUGGUCGGCGCCAGUUCGGUGAAGCAACUGGUCCCCGAGAUGGUGGAGAAAGUUGACUGGCAGCCGUAUUACCCGCCUGCGAAGUUGUAG